GAAUCCGAUCCGUUGGUGUGACUGUGGUCGAUCCUGUCAAUGUGUGUGUGUGUAUCCUUUAUCAAAGGAGUCUGAUUAAAUAAGCGGUAAAACUUUUGAGGAACCUCAUUUUAUUUUACGGACUCCUUGUCUCAGUACUUAUUAUUUAUUCCUUUUCUUGACUUCAUUUCUUUCUUUGGAGAAGUGUGGUUCUAUAUUCGUCUUCAACAUGAACUGUGUAUUAGCUAUUGUCUGUUUCCUCGCUUGCCUUUCCCUCCUGGAAGCCCAGUCUACUGGUGGCUCGUCUGGCGAGAUGUCAUCCGUUGGUAAUAUGGGUGGCCUUGGUGGAGGUGGUAACAUGAACGAUAACGACUACGACACCAACGAGAUCGAGACCAACGAGCUCGACAACGAGAUGGAAAGUAAUUAUAACGCGGGCAUGCCCAAUCUAUUCGGUAACGGCGCCAGUAACCUUGCUGACAGCGGGACGACGGGUGGUCAGAAGGCUGGCAUCGUCAUCGGUACCAUCCUCUUGGUCGCCUUGAUAGCUGGCGGUGCCUUCUAUUUCAUCAAAAGGCGCUGAUGAUGGCGGUGAUCUCCAUGGUGACGAAUCGAACUCGAGCCCUUUCAAGAAUCCCGAGAGUUAUCUCUCACCCCUCAGUCCCAUCGAUCAAUUCGACUCCAGACCGACCAAAGCCGUAUCGGAUCAUCGAUCGAUUUGGAGCUGGGUACGUUGGUGCGACUGCAAUCCUAUGACACCACAUCUCUCGUCUCCAUGGAAACAAUUAGCUGGACUAGUUGAGGAUGUAUUCGACUUUUGAAAUCACGUUUAAAUUUGUGUAAUUCAUCAAAAAGGACUCGUUCUAAUUGUUUUUUUUUCAACGAUUCGAAAAUAUUUGAUCAUUCUGGAAAAAACUUUGUACGUGGUAAAACAAACCAUUGAAACAAUUGCUGCAUUAUUUUCAUGAUGAUGAUGAUAUGAAUGAACCAGUGCAAUAGGUAGAUUAGAAUUAAUGUUGUUUUCUAUCAUGCUAAUACAUAUAUAUAUAUUGUAAUUUAUGAAUGAUUUCAAUGAAAGAAUUGCAAAAUGAAUACUACAGUGUAAUAUUCCGAACAUGUCGGGCAAAUUAUUCGACCAGUCAUGAACUGUAGUCAGAUGAAGUGCGAUGUUGGGGGAAUAGCCGUAAUGUUCGAGAAAGGUAUUUUUUCCUAGCCACAGCAACAAACAUCUAAUGAGGUUCAUGUUUCAGACUGAGUUUGAUGGGGGCGUGUCAUGAAAGUUCAGUUUCAGCACAACUUAGAUUGUCGGUGCUGGCAAAAUCAGUGAAAUAAUUGAAUUUGAUUCGCCUAGAAUGAAAUGUUUGCAUUUGAUUAACAGAGAAUGAAAAUGAGAAUAAAAAUAUUACAAAGCUAACAACUUUGAUGAAAUGCAUCCCUCAUGUUGCGACAUCAAUGACGUCAUGGUAUCAUUUUCAUAAAUCCAACUUGAUCGAGCUUUGGUUAGUGAGAUUCACUAUUCACGCUGAUGUUAACAACAAUAUCAACACCAACACCUAACUCGACAACACCCAUGUACUGUAUUUGAAUUUUGUUCCACUUCAAGCUUUAGGGGUGGUACCAGUAUAUUUUGAUAGGAGAAGGGGAGGGGGGGGGUAAGGUGACCUAAUUUUUAUUUGACUUACUUGCAGGGGUAAUGUAUAUAGAUAGAGUAACAUGAUGUUUUUCUUCCUUCUCUCUUCCCUCCAUUUAUUGUCUAUUGUUUUCCUUUCCCUCUGUUAAUACAUCUCAAAGAAUCAUGCAUGGGCGGUCACCUCCUGUCCCUUAACAUAUAACGUCCCUGGAUAUCUUCUUUAUCCAUCUUAUGAUAUGAAAGUGUUUUGUUUCUUCAAUCGUCUGUAUAUAAGUAUUUUGAGAUUUUACUGUAUAUUAUGAAGUAGUGACAUGCAUGUAUAUUUAUAUGUUUUUCUAUUUCAUUAUUUUUUUUUACAGUUCACUUUUUAGAUGCAAGUGCACGUAUAUGUAUACAUUGCUUGAAUUAUCUAAAAAAUGUUGAAAUGUUUAAGUAUUGACUUUUUACUUUAUUUGUUUUCCUCAUUUGAUUUUGUACCACCAAACGACUGCUUGAAUUGUUAUUCCUUUUAAAUACCCUUUAUUUGGUUUUAUUCAGUAUGUGUGCUCCUUACAAGAAAUCAAGUUUUAUCACGAACCACAGAUAAUUUUCUAUGAUCGUGUUAUCUAUACAACAAAAUAUCAAAUUAAUUGUUUAUACGACAUUCAUGUAUUUUAUUAAUUCUUUUUCGUUCGUAUAAUGUUUUUAAUAUUUGAUAGAUAUUUGUCUUUAUAGUGUGUUAUUAAAAUUUGGAGAAA